AUGUCUUGGAAACCCAACUUAUUAUAUUUCCCGCGAAACCACCGGUACCAUAAAGUGCUUCUUUGGCUUAUGGCUGUUGAGCUGCCGUUCACCAUCGUGAUCCUAACGUUUACCGGAAUUGCAUCGCAUGAUUUGUAUCGAACUCGACUCUGGCAGGAUGGCGCAGACAACGGCUUCAAUAGUGCCCCGAAUGAGAUACUAUAUGCCAUGGCCAACUACCGACCAUACAAAGUGCCAAAAGUUUGGAGCUCAUUUACGGACAACUAUAACUUAGCCCUUGGUGUUCUGAGCACUUUCUUCUUGAUCACCAAAGUGCCCUUGCAUUUCCUCCGCCUCUUCUACCCUCCUGUCUCGGCCUUCGUCCAUGCGGGUUUAUUCGCUGUCUAUAUCGCCUCAGCUUCGUUCCAAGCAGGCAGUGACAUGUCCGACCCGAGACACCCACAGAAAGGCGCACCAUGGUAUAUCGCAAAGAACUGCGAUGUCGCCGCGCACUCGAACAAUAUCGAAUACUGCAAGCAGGCGAAGGCAAUGUUUGCGAUAACCAUUAUCGUCAUUAUUCUCUACUUCGUCGAGCUCGUCCUAAGCCUCCAUAGCUGUGUCCCCACGAAAGAAGAAAUUAACAAGCGCCGCGAACGCCAAGAGGAAAAGAGAACCAUGAAGGAAUACGAGGAGGAGAUCCUCAAAUCUCCCAUCAUGAUCCCUAUGACACCAGGGCCCAACACCGGCGGGUUACCGCCCAUGACACCGCACAGCUUUGUUUUCAACCCGAUGAGCAACGGACCUUCUGAUUUGCCAUUCCGGAACGAGCCAGGUUCUCAUGCUUCAACGCACCAGGAAUCAGCGGAAACCCUAACAUCAGGGCCACAUUUCUUCCCACCUCCUUCUAAGGCGGUAACCAAAUGA